AUGGCGGAAGCCGCGGAUAUCUCUGGGGAUUCAGAGGAGAGUGAGGUACUGGCCGACUUUUCACCGGACUGGCCGACAGUUGCAGCGGAGAUUGCCAUGCUAGCCCUGGCUAUUCUGGGACUACUGCUCGUGUUGUCAGGCCUGGGCUUCUGGACGGUGCAUCCACCUGGCGAGUCAGAGCUCUGCCAGGUCGACGUACUGGGCCUCCAGAACGCAUCAGUGGUGCGGCAACGUUCGGACAUUGCUGCUUGCCAUGGUCUCUACAACGUGGUCUUUGCAGCGCUAGGAGUCAUUUCUUUGCCCUUCAUACUGUGCGGCCUCUUGGCACUACACGUUGCAUGGAUGCUAUCAAGACGGCCGCAGCUCAACAAGCAUUGCAGGAGCUUCACGUGCAUCGCCGUUUUGGAAGCGAUCGGGGCAGUCGUUGUUUGGCUCCCUUCUCUCUUCUUUCCCAGCGUCUCUGUAGCGGUUGCAACCGGACUUGCACCCAUUCACGCAUACUUCAUCAGCAUUACAGUGGGUCACAUUGCAAUUUCUGUGUCCGGUGCUGAAUCUGGGACUUCGACCGCAAACAAAGCUGCGCACAUUUACCAAGUCCUCUAUCAAGGCUAUUGCGCCGCAAGCCGCGUAGAGCUGUGCUUAUCAAUUGGAAGUAUGGCUUUGCUACUCCUCUUUUGGUGUUUCGUGGCUGAUAUUGUGCGGAUCAUCGCAUCUAUGACUUGCUGGAAGUCAAAGUUGGAAGACCCAAGGGGCUUUGAGCUUUGGCAUCUCAUUCAGCUUUGGCGUCGCAGAUGA